AAGGGGCGGUUCAAGAGACUGGGGAAGUCAGCAAUUUGUGGGUCCGACCUCUGGAGCUUUGAAAGAGAGGCGGAGGAACAAGCGGGAGUUCCCCGCCCCCGUUCCCCACGGUCCAAUCCCUUCGUCUUCUCUUUUUCUCAGCCGGCCGGCCCGGCCCCUAACCUGCUCGAACCUAUUAUGCGGUAGGGCGGCCCGGUCUCUUUAAGGCCCUGCCGCGCCUGCGCCUUGAGCCUUCCUGACGCGACCGGGCCGGACACGGGAGGAGGCGGUGGCGGGCACACUAGGGGUUGGGUGGUAGUUGAAACCGCGGCGGCGCGGGGGGAGUGGGUCAGGGUCUGAGGCGGCCCCGAGCUCCUGAGUGAGCGCGGCUCUCAAGAGGGGUCGCGGACGGCGGACGGCGGACGGCGGAGCCGGGAGAGAGGCCGAGGCGCUGAGACGCGGCGGCGCGGCUGCCGGCUGGAUGGGAAGUUAAUGUUUACGGCGGAGUCCACCCAACGUUUCCAAGGUGGCGACAGACAAGGUUGCAGAAAAGUUGAGUUCUACUCUCUCAUGGGUAAAGAACACAGUGUCACAUACAGUCAGUCAGAUGGCCAGUCAGGUGGCAAGUCCAUCUGCUUCAUUACACACUACAUCCUCAUCUACCACACUGUCAACGCCAGCCCUUUCACCAUCUUCCCCGUCACAGUUGAGUCCAGACGACUUAGAACUCCUGGCUAAACUGGAGGAACAAAAUAGAUUGUUAGAAACAGAUAGUAAAUCUUUAAGAUCUGUAAAUGGAUCAAGAAGAAACAGUGGCUCCUCCCUUGUAUCAAGUUCAUCAGCCUCCAGCAACCUCAGUCACCUUGAAGAAGACUCUUGGAUACUUUGGGGAAGAAUUGUUAAUGAAUGGGAAGAUGUGCACAGAAAGAAGGAAAAGCAAGUUAAGGAACUUGUUCGUAAAGGGAUACCCCAUCAUUUUAGAGCAAUAGUUUGGCAACUUUUGUGCAGUGCACAAAGUAUGCCAAUUAAGGAUCAGUAUUCAGAACUCCUGAAAAUGACCUCACCUUGUGAAAAAUUGAUCCGAAGGGACAUUGCUAGAACUUAUCCUGAACACAAUUUUUUUAAGGAAAAAGAUAGUCUUGGACAGGAGGUUUUGUUUAAUGUAAUGAAGGCAUAUUCUUUAGUGGAUCGUGAGGUUGGUUACUGUCAAGGAAGUGCUUUUAUAGUUGGAUUGUUGCUUAUGCAGAUGCCAGAAGAAGAAGCUUUCUGUGUAUUUGUUAAAUUAAUGCAAGAUUAUAGACUUCGUGAACUUUUUAAACCAAGUAUGGCAGAAUUAGGCCUUUGUAUGUACCAGUUUGAAUGCAUGAUACAGGAGCAUCUUCCAGAACUCUUUGUGCAUUUUCAGUCUCAGAGUUUUCACACCUCAAUGUAUGCAUCAUCUUGGUUUCUGACUAUCUUCCUUACGACUUUUCCACUACCAGUUGCAACAAGGAUAUUUGAUAUCUUUAUGUCUGAGGGUUUAGAAAUAGUGUUUCGGGUAGGAUUAGCGCUUCUUCAAAUGAAUCAGGCAGAACUGAUGCAACUCGACAUGGAAGGGAUGUUACAGCACUUUCAGAAGGUCAUUCCACAUCAGUUUGAUGGUGGUCCAGACAAAUUAAUCCAAGCAGCUUACCAAGUCAAGUAUAACUCAAAAAAAAUGAAAAAGCUUGAAAAGGAAUAUACUACAAUAAAAACUAAAGAAAUGGAAGAACAAGUUGAAAUUAAAAGGUUACGCACAGAAAAUAGACUAUUAAAACAGCGCAUUGAAACAUUAGAAAAAGAAAGUGCUUCCUUGGCAGAUAGAUUGAUACAGGGACAAGUGACAAGAGCCCAGGAGGCUGAGGAAAACUACCUCAUAAAACGGGAGUUGGCCAACAUCAAACAGCAGAGUGAUGAGGCCAGUGCUAAACUGGAGCAAGCUGAAAAUACCAUCAGGAAGCUCCAGCACCAACAGCAAUGGCAUAAAUGCAGUUCCAACUACAAUGAAGAUUUUGUGCUACAGCUAGAGAAGGAAUUGGUCCAAGCCCGACUGAGUGAAGCUGAGUCUCAGUGUGCACUAAAGGAAAUGCAGGAUAAAGUUCUGGAUAUAGAAAAGAGAAACAACUCCUUUCCUGAUGAGAAUAACAUUGCAAGGCUUCAGGAGGAACUCAUUGCUGUGAAACUGAGAGAGGCAGAAGCUAUUAUGGGUUUAAAAGAACUUAGACAACAAGUCAAGGAUUUAGAGGAACACUGGCAGCGCCACUUAGCUCGUACUACUGGGAGAUGGAAAGACCCACCUAAGAAAAAUGCUGUGAAUGAGUUACAAGAUGAACUGAUGACCAUUCGACUUAGAGAAGCUGAAACACAGGCAGAAAUAAGAGAAAUAAAACAAAGGAUGAUGGAAAUGGAAACACAGAACCAGAUCAAUAGUAAUCAUCUUCGAAGAGCAGAACAAGAGGUGAUCAAUCUACAGGAGAAGGUGCAGUAUCUUUCUGCACAGAACAAAGGACUACUUACCCAAUUAAGUGAAGCAAAGCGCAAACAAGCAGAGAUUGAAUGCAAGAACAAGGAAGAAGUGAUGGCUGUGAGACUCCGGGAAGCAGAUAGCAUAGCUGCUGUGGCUGAACUACAGCAGCACAUUGCUGAGCUUGAAAUCCAGAAAGAAGAAGGAAAGCUUCAAGGACAGCUUAACAAGUCUGAUUCUAACCAGUACAUUAGGGAACUGAAAGAUCAGAUAGCAGAGCUGAAUCAUGAGCUCAGUUGCCUAAAAGGCCAGAGGGGCUUCUCCAGCCAACCCCGUUUUGAUGGAAUCCACAUCGUCAACCAUUUAAUAGGAGAUGAUGAAUCAUUCCAUUCCUCUGAUGAAGAGUUCGUAGGUAAUUCCUUACAGGAAAGUGGCAUUGGUUUUCCUUUGCACAGAAAAUCUGGCCUGAUGUCUUUGGACCCCACUGUGGCAGAUGGUAGUGAAAGCGAAGCAGAAGACAGCGCACUGAAGACCAGAGAGAGCAGUGAAGUGGCUCAAAAGGAGCGGCCCCCGAGAAGCGGGUCGUACUCAACCACUGUCUGACCAUCACUGUGACCUAGACUGUGGAUUUUUUUAAGGGAUCAGUUAUCAUGACUGAGGGUUUUUGGAACAUAUCUGUUUCAUAUGUAUAUAUAUAAAUAUAUAUAUUUUACAAUCUUAACUGCCUUUUUAUCUUUGCCAAAUCUUCACCACUGACUUACCAUUGCUAUAAAGUAGAGUGGAAUACGGUUAAUGGGAAAAAUAAGGUUCUAGCAGUAUUACUAAAUAUUAAUGUUUCUUGUUUAGAAAAUGCAAUUAUAUCUAUAUGUGGGAGCCAUUUUGAAGUUCAGAACUGUGGAAAAUUGAAUUUUCUUCAGACAAAACUGUUCUUGUGCAAUAUUUUAUGCUCAGUGAACAAAUUGUAUAUUUAUGUUUAUCAGUUUGUUUUCAGGGUGGCUGUCUACACACAUUUGACCAAGACAUACAUCUGAUUUAUCUUGGUUUUUUUGUGUUUGGGGAAUUUUUUUUUUCAACUAAAAUUACUGCUUUAUUAGUGGGUCAUUGAAAAUUCCCAAAAGCAAGGCCUUUUUUUCACAUAAUUUUAUAAACACAAAUUAAUGCUUAUCUGUCUUGAGAAUUCUAAAUUUUGUUUUUAAUUUCAGAUUUUUAUGUGCACAUGAUGCUUCCGUGUGUUGCCUACCAGUCAGAGUAGUAAGUUAACUACAAAUAUAUUGGGUUUUUGUACAUAUUUAUAAAUCUGCACCACACAACAUUGAACAUUUUAUGUGGAGAAUGUAUCUGUUGCAAGAUGACUGCCUUCAGCAUUAUAAAAGGACCUCUGUAAAUAAUAGGUUAAAAGAAAAUUGAAAAUAAAACCAAACACUAAUAUUUUAAUAGCUUUAGAAUUUUGCUUAGCAUUCAACACUAGCAGAUUCAUAACUGAUGCUUGUUCAAAGACACUGUUGGUGAAAUCUUUUAGUUCAUAUGUAUGUAACAAAUUUUUCAUGAUUAGAGAGGUAAUAGCACAUAUUACUUAGCUAAUAUUCUACUUAAUAUAAUUUAAUCAAUGGACUGAGGUCCACAAUAUACAGCAAUUAUAUCUGCAAAUAAUCUAUGAACAUUAUCUUCAGAUUCUCUAGUUACUAAUCUAUAGAUAAAGCAAGCCAUAAGAAUCCUUUCCUACCAAUUCUUUAUCAUCUAGACAUUUUUUCCCUAGAAAACUGAAUGCCUGUCAUUGGUAAAUUAGAGGAAACACCCAAACUACACUUAUACUAUGGAAAGACUACAAAAAUGUGUUGACUGGAUGCUUUCUACUCUCAUUUUCAUCAGCAGCCUAUGGAAAAAAAAAAUAACCUUCAAGAAUAAGAGGAAGGUAGAAUUCGGUAAAUAUGGAGGUACAAUUUUGCACAAUAUGUUGCAUGCAGAGAAAAAAAAUUACAUGACACGAUGGAACAGAAGAGACAAAAAUAGUUUUCUGUCUAAAACAAGGAGUUAAGCCUUACGGUGCAUCGUAGUCAAGGGUUUCCCAGCAAACCCUUUAUAGCCAUUUUGCUUGAGAAACAAGAUUGAAAACAUGCCUAUUGUCUCCAUAGCUCCAGGCUAAAUUCUAGUGGUUAAGUAAUUUACCUGUGGUCACAAGUUAGUAAGUAAUCAGAGCCAAGAUUUUAAUCCAAAUCGCUCUGACACCAAAGCAUUUGAAAAGGCUCAGCUAAUUUCUCAAUUCCCUGCUUUUCUGACAGUUAAUGUGAUUUAAAUGUUUGAUUUAAAUUGUUUCCUGAAUAUAUUAUAUAGAUAUAUAUCUUUAUGUAUAGAUACGCAAGUAUCAACACUCAUAAGCUUUACGCAGCUUAUGAACAUAGAUACUACUCCUAGAAUUGUCUGACUGGUGCCUUUGGGAUUCUCUUUUGGGGUUCCUUGCUGUCAGUCUAGAGGCUGUUGAUGCCCAAGUGAAAUGAGAUGAUUCAUGGCCACAUGAUUGCUUUGACCCCCCACAUCAAGAAAUCCGAAUGAUCCAGCCCAUGAGCCAGUUCCAGCCAACAUCCUGUUUUCACAUGACCCACAAGCUAAGAAUGAUUUUUACAUUUUUAAAGAGUUGAGGAAAAAAUCAAAAGAAUAAUAUUUUGUGUCACAUGAAAAUCAUAUGACCUUCAAAUUUCAGUGUCAGUAAAGUUUUAUUGGCACAUACCCAUGCUUAUUCAUUUGCAUGUUGUCUGUGGCUGCUUUUGUGCCACAGUAGCAAAGUUGAGUAGCUUAAAAUGUCUAUUAUCUGUCCCUUUAGAGAAAGUUUGCUGACCUUAAUUUAGAUGCUCUAAAAUGUAGGUUUACCUCUUCAGUUUGUCUCAAGUAGAAGACUGAACCAUUUGCUUUUGCUGUUGAGCUAAUGGUUUGGAAACCUAAAAUUUCCUGGUGGAUCCUAUACUUAGAACUAUUCAACAUGGAGAAUGUGCCAGCUAUUUUAGAUUACAGAGUCUUUGAGGCCAUAGACAAAUUUGGAAGGGUAUCUGUGCCUUUGGAAAUGGAGAAAGAAAGGAAAGAAUACCAGAAUCCUAGCACUGUUCUUUAAAGCAUGCAUCAUUGAUUGGCCUUUAGGGUGUGCUUCACUGAGUCAGUGUUAUAAUUUGACUUUAAAAGUAAGAACAUCUUUCUAGAACCAUGUUUCAAUUCUAAACUUUGAAAGAUAUUCUUAAAGAAUUUCCUAAGUACUGUUUCUGGUUAGGAAUUAGUUGUUAAAAGAAUCAUGGUAAGUAAACCUUACUCUGUUGAGACUCUUGUAAUUGGGAUAAUGAAAAACUAGAAAUGACAAUCUUCUCAUUCAAGAUAUUUGAUUCAAAUACUCCUUAGAAAGUUUUAAAAUCUUCCUGGCCUUUAGGAUGUAAUAGAAUAACUUACUCCCUUGGGAUAGUUACUUUCUGGUGUCAUUGCCAUCCUGGGUUGAAAUGCUGAGAGAGACUACAAGUCACCUGAAUAAAAUGGAAAUUGCAUUGAGGUGAUGAAACAGAGACCUUAAAGAUCAAGAAAAUAUUUCAACAGCGUUUUAAAAAAUUAGUGGUAAAUUUUUCUUCCUGGAAAAAUAAGUCAAAGGUGUAACUUUACACAAUUUCUACCCUUUUUAUUGAUAGAUAUUAAGCGUUCAAUGUUUGAUGACUAAUUGAGACACCAAGUCCUAACUAACUGGUUGGCUAUUUGGGGAAGGAAAAAACAACUUUUUCUUAGCUCUGGAAUGUAAUGCAGCUUGUUACUCUCCAGAUAGUGCCUUUGAUUGAAAACAAGGUCUAGACCUUUUUAAGUAUUUUAUUUCUGACAUCAUAAGAAAUGAUUUGGUUCCUCAUGCUUCUUUAUCUUUACAUAGUGCACUAUAAUUUUCAGAUUUAAAGUAAAAUGAGUGUAUGAAUUGUGUUUUAGUAAAGCCCUUUUAUGACCGGCUUGAUUUUUGUGUAAGUACCAGGUGUCAACAGCUAACAUUUCAUGAAAUCAGUGAUUUACUUUGUUAAAACAAUGAGCUUUAGCCUGAAAAUUAUUGCUGCUCUGUCGUUAAUGAAACAGUAAGUUUUUAAAAUUAAUUAAUUUUAAUUUAAUUCAUUCUACUGAAAUUAAAUUUUCUGAUUAAAAAUGGAGUGAAUGCUAUUUAUAAUCCAAGUUUUUACAUCACAUCCAUUGAUCUACCUACCCCUUCUUUUCACUCCAAAGAGAGGAUAGAAUAAUGCAUUACAUAUACUAUAGAGAUGCAAAACUAUAAUGUAUUUCAUUUUACUGUUGGAAUUUCUUAUUGUAACAUUGUAUGAUAACCUGAAAUGUUUACUUGUGCCUUUGCUUUAAACAAUUAAAGUUUUCCAUUU